AUACUUGCGCAUCUCUUCACUCUUCAUUUCCUAGAUAUUUUUUCAUUUCCUGUAUUCCUAAAAAAUGGCUGCGUUAAAAACUGAGAUCAUUGAAGAGAAAGAAGAUAAUAUAGAGCAAAUAGACGAUGAAAUAGAUGAGGAAAACAAAGAAGCGCCCAAAAAAAAGAAAAACCGAAAGAAAAAGAAAAAAGCUGAAGCAGAGGUUAACCCCAUUGAAGGGGAUCAAAAACCGGACAGCGAAACGAUUACUUUGGAAAAUGCAGAAAAUGAUGUAAUCGAAAAUGGUGAUGGAGAGAAAAAGAAGAAAAAACGUAAUAGGAAGAAAGGGGGAAAACUUCAGCAAACCAACCCUCCUUCCAUCCCUAUUGUAGACCUAUACCCAGAUGGAAUAUUUCCUGUUGGAGAAAUUCAGGAAUAUCCCACCUUAAAGGAUGAUCGUACUGCUAAAGACCGGUUUACAUCAGAAGAGAAGCGAGCACUUGAUAGAAUGCAUAAUGACAUUUACAAUGAAGUUCGUCUGGCUGCAGAAGCACACAGACAGACACGGCAACACAUUCAAAAAUGGAUCAAACCUGGCAUGACAAUGAUAGAAAUUUGUGAGGAGCUAGAGAAUACAGCAAGAAAAUUAAUAGCAGAAAAUGGCCUUAAAGCUGGGUUGGCGUUCCCCACAGGAUGUUCAAAAAAUCACUGUGCUGCGCAUUACACGCCAAAUGCUGGUGAUAAAACUGUAUUUGAAUAUGAUGAUGUUGUGAAAAUUGAUUUUGGAACUCAUAUUAAUGGAAGAAUUAUUGAUUGUGCUUUUACACACACCUUCAACCCGAAAUAUGAUAAGUUGGUGGAAGCUGUACAGGAUGCUACUAAUACUGGCAUAAAAGCAGCAGGAAUUGAUGUCCAGUUGUGUGAAAUUGGUUCUCAGAUACAAGAAGUGAUGGAGUCCUAUGAGGUCGAACUUGAUGGAAAAACUUACCAAGUUAAAUCUAUACGAAAUUUGAAUGGUCACUCGAUUUCUCCAUAUCGAAUUCAUGCUGGAAAAACUGUUCCCAUAGUAAAAGGAGGAGAAGCCACUGUUAUGGAAGAAAAUGAGUUUUAUGCCAUCGAAACCUUUGGAUCAACUGGCCGGGGUAUUGUGCAUGAUGAUAUGGAAUGUUCCCAUUAUAUGAAGAACUUUGAUGUUGCUUAUGUGCCAUUACGCUUGCAGUCUUCUAAGUCGCUCCUGAACACCAUUAACAAAAAUUUUGGUACUUUGGCUUUUUGCAAGAGAUGGCUGGACCGUGCAGGAGCAACAAAGUAUCAAAUGGCAUUGAAGGAUUUGUGUGAUAAAGGCAUUGUGGACGAUUAUCCUCCUCUGUGUGACAUCAAAGGAUGCUACACUGCUCAGUUCGAACACACAAUUAUGUUGCGUCCAACGUGCAAGGAAGUUGUUUCCAGGGGUGAUGAUUAUUAGUCAGUUUCUAUGAGUUGUUUAAAUCCAGCGACUAAUUUUUGUUAUAUUAUACAUCGAUUCAAUAUAAUUUUGUUUGGUGUUUCA